AUGGGAACGAUAGAGGAACAAAAGCCUCGGGUCGUGCUAGUACCAUUUCCUUACCAGGGGCACAUAACACCGAUGCUUCAGCUAGGGUCUAUUCUUAAUUCCCGCGGAUUCUCCAUCACCAUCGCUCAUACUGAGUUCAAUUCUCCAAACCAUUUAGACCACCCAGAAUUUGUCUUUUUACCUCUACCCGAUAACUUAUCUGGUUGCGAAACUUCUUAUAUAACCUCGUUGAAAGGAAUAUCAGCUAUGAACGACAAUUCCAAAGAGCUGUUUCACGAAUACAUGGUUGAAAUGCUGGAAACACAAGCACAGAACGGUCAGGUUGCUUGCAUCGUGUAUGAUACCCUCAUGCACUUCGUCGAUGAAGUGGCUACUUGUCUCGACCUCCCUACUAUGGUGUUACGUCCUAAUAGUGCUGCUUAUUUGCGAGCUCUUCAAGUCAUCUUUCAACUUAAUGCUGACAAUCUAAUUCCCUUGCCAGAGGAUCAACUGCAGGAUGCAAUUCCGACGCAUCAUCUUCUCAGAUUUAAGGACCUACCCUUUCCAGUUACUGCCGAGAUCCCAGAAAUUUUAAUCGAGUUCUUUACUAGUUAUGCCAAUAUAAGAUCUUCGUCAGCGAUCAUUUGGAGCACUGUGGACAUGCUCGACCAUGAAUCCUUAACGAAGCUUCAGCAGCAUUACAAGGUUCCAAUCUUCCCAAUAGGCCCUUUUCACAAAAUGGCUCCAAAAUUUAAUACUAGCUUAAUAACAGAGGACAGCAGUUCCAUCACAUGGCUAGAUAAACGAGCACCUAACUCGGUCAUUUAUAUAAGCAUAGGAAGCAUAGCUACAAUGGACAAGAAAGAACUUAUUGAAAUGGCAUGGGGACUUGCCAACAGUGACCAACCGUUCUUAUGGGUGGUCCGACCCUCUUCAGUUAGUGGGUCGGAAUGGAUCGAAUGCUUACCAGAAGGAUUUGAAGAAAUAACUCGAGAAAGAGGCUGUAUAGUGAAGUGGGCGCCCCAAAAGAAGGUUUUGGCACAUCCAGCAGUGGGAGGGUUUUGGAGUCAUUCUGGUUGGAAUUCAACUUUGGAAAGUAUGUGUGAAGGAGUACCGAUGAUAUGCAGACCGUAUUUCUCGGACCAAGUGGUGAAUACGAGGUACCUGACUCACGUAUGGAAAGUAGCCCUCGAGUUGAACGGCCUAGAAAGGAAGGGUAUUGAGCAAGCCAUUAGGGAACUCAUGGGGGACAAAGAAGGCCAAGAAAUGAGACAGAGAGCACUCAAAAUGAAACAAGAACUUGAGCUUUCCAUACAGAGAGGAGGUUCUUCAUGGAACUCAUUAGAAAAUCUAGUAGAGUUAAUCACGUCGUAUACGCAACAAAAUGUCAAGGCCACUGCGAUCCCUUAG